AUCACAAUCCAAAAUGUCACUUGAUACUUGUCCGCGUUGACGUGCUUGAUACUUCGAAAAUUAAUCUUUUUUUAUUAAUUCGUGGUUCUAAAUAGCUGGAAAUCGGAUGUGAAUCGUGAAUCCAACAGCAAAGUGUUUCUAUCAUUCAAUUAUAUCGGCAAGACUCAUUUGUAGGAUUGAAUUAUGUCUCAUUUCAUCGAUUCCGAGGCUGAGAGUGAUAACUCCGACAAUGAGGACUUGGAUCCACAAGAACGGAGAAAACUGAAAAAAUUGAAGGCCAUGUCCGAUAGCGAAGAGGAUGACGAAGACGAUGAGGAUCGGUUACGCGAAGAGCUGAAAGAUUUGAUUGAUGAUGCACCCAUCGAAGAAGGCAGCGACGCGGACGAUUCAGAUGGAUCGGGAAAUGAGAAGCGGAAAAAAAGCGACGACGAAGAUGAAUUGGAUGACAGGCUGGAGGAUGACGAUUACGAUUUGAUCGAAGAGAAUCUGGGUGUUAAAGUCCAACGAACCAAACGCUUCAAGCGCUUGAAACGGAUGCAAAUUGAGGACAGUGAUGGUGAAGAUGCUGCUGAUGAUGGAAUGGACCGUGAAGCUAUCGCCAAUCAGUUGUUCGAAGGUGAUGAUGACGAUAACCAGGAAGACAGUCGACGAUCCGUUGACAAUCAACGCGGCAACGACCUCGACCAUUACGAUGACGAAGAGGACGAUGAAGAGUCGGAUGCUGAUGAUUUUAUUGUUGAUGAUGAAGGACGUCCCAUAACCGAGAAAAAGAAGAAAGUGCGUCGGAUAUUCAACGAUGCCCAUUUGCAGGAAGGGCAGGACAUUUUUGGCGUUGAUUUCGAUUACGAUGAGUUUGACAAGUACGACGAACCGGAUUAUGAAGAUGAGUCUGAGGCUGAAGACGAGUACGAGGAAGAUGGUGCCGAUGGUGUGGAACGAGAAAAAAGACCAAAGAAAGCAGUCAAGAAGAAAACGGCACGAAAGUCGAUUUUCGAAAUCUACGAACCCAGCGAACUGAAACGUGGCCACUUCACCGAUCUCGACAAUGAGAUUCGUAAAACGGACAUUCCUGAACGUAUGCAACUCCGUGAAGUUCCGAUAAUUCCUGUGCCAGAAGGCACCAAUGAAUUGGACGACGAAGCGGAAUGGAUUUACAAGCAAGCCUUCCUCAAACCGUCGGUUUCGACACAAGACACCGCCACCGAUGGACGUGAUCGAACCAGAAAGCCAUCCAGCACCAUUGGCAAAAUAAAGCAAGCGCUGGACUUCAUGCGAAAUCAACAACUAGAAGUUCCCUUCAUCGCAUUCUACCGGAAGGAGUAUGUGCAACCGGAAUUGAACAUGAACGAUCUGUGGCAGGUCUACAACUACGAUGCGAAAUGGUGUCAACUGUUGGCUCGUCGUCGCACUCUCAUCACGCUGUUCGAUAAGAUGCGAAAUUAUCAACUGGAAAAAAUUAUGUCCAACGCCGACAAGGAGCUGCCCGAAGACAUUCGGUUGAUGAAAGAAGAGGACAUCGAUCGACUCAAAUAUGUACAAACGCAAGAAGAACUGAAAGACAUUCACACGCACUUCUUGCUGCACUAUUCCCACGAAAUAGCUGCCAUGAACGAGGCGUAUAAAGUCAGGGAAAAGGUGCGUCGUCGAGCGGAACGCAUAGCGGAACGUGCAAAAUUGUUGGAAAAUUUAGAAGAAGGUGCUGAGCCACCCGAAGAAAUACCCGAUGACGAUGAUGACGAUGAACCGGUCGAAGAGAGUCUGAAAUUAGCUAGAGAUUCCGGUCCAUAUGCUAUGUGUCGCAAGGCUGGCAUACUGGGAAUAGCAAAACGCUUCGGUUUGACACCGGAACAAUUCGCUGAAAAUUUACGUGACAAUUAUCAGCGACACGAAGUCGAACAGGAAAGCAUCGAAUUGUCCGAAUUGGCCAAAGAAUACAUCAACACCAAAUUCACAACCGUCGAGGAUGUUUUGCAUGCGGCGAAAUUCGUUGUAGCCCGUCAGAUAGCUCGCGAACCGUUGUUAAGGAAGAGCGUUCGCGAAACGUUUUACGAACGAGCCAAACUGUCGGUGGCACCCACAAAGAAAGGACAGAAAGAAAUCGACGAAAAUCACUGCUGCUACCCCAUGAAAUAUCUGAAGAACAAGCCCGUUCGUGAAUUGGUCGACGAACAAUUUUUGCGACUCGCAAUGGCCGAAGAAGACAAACUGCUGACAAUUUCCAUAUCCGAGGUGAUCGAGGGCAAUACAAGCAAUUCGUAUUUGGACGAAGCUAAGUCAUUGUAUCAGCGCGACGAGUUCUCGAAAAAUGUCCAGGAAUGGAACACAUUGCGAGCGAAUUGCGUGGAGGAAGCACUGAAUAAGAUGGUGUUACCGGACAUGCGAAAAGAACUGAAAUCCAUACUGAUCAGCGAGGCCAAGGAGUCCGUACUGAAGAAAUGCUGUCGAAAACUACACAAUUGGAUCAAAACUGCCCCGUACACCGUUGAUUUCACCGAAGAGGAUGACUUUGAGUGGGACUCCAGCAAAGGUAUUCGUGCCAUGGGCUUGGCAUACGUACCCGAUCACACGCAAGCGGCAUUUUGUGCCGUCACCAAUGCUGAUGGUGAGUUUACGGACUUUCUUCGGGUGCCGCACAUUUUGAAGCGGAAAUCGUCCUACCAUUCCGAUGAAAAGAUACUGAAGGAGGCUGAUCUGUUGGCCAUGAAGAAUUUCAUUCGAGCUAAGAAGCCCCACGUUAUAGUAAUUGGUGGUGAGUCGCGCGAAGCACAGAUGAUCCAGCAAGACAUGCAGGAGAUUUGCCGUGAGUUGUGUGACGACGACCAGUUCCCAUCGAUCCAAGUUCACAUCAUCGACAAUGAACUCGCCAAAAUCUACUCGCAAUCGAAAAAAGGCAUCGCCGACUUCCGUGACUAUCCAACGCUGUUGCGUCAAGCCGUAUCAUUGGCCCGUAAAAUUCAAGAUCCGCUCAUCGAGUACUCCCAACUGUGUACAGCCGAUGAGGAAAUUUUGUGUCUGCGCUAUCACACGCUGCAAGACCAAAUACCCAAAGAGCAAUUGCUAGAAAAUCUCUACCUCGAAUUCAUCAAUCGAACGAACGAGGUGGGCAUCGAUGUCAAUUCGGCCGUACAAAAUUCGCUGACCGUCAAUUUGGUGCAAUUCGUGUGUGGCUUGGGUCCGCGAAAGGGUCAAGCUCUGGUCAAAAUUUUGAAGCAAACCAAUCAGAGACUGGAAAAUCGUACCCAAUUGGUGACGGCUUGCCAUAUGGGCCCCAGAGUGUUCAUCAAUUGUUCAGGUUUCAUAAAAAUCGACACGAAUUCGUUGGGCGACAGUACGGAAGCAUAUGUCGAAGUGUUGGACGGUUCUCGCGUUCAUCCGGAAACGUAUGAAUGGGCCCGGAAAAUGGCUGUCGAUGCUUUGGAAUAUGACGACGAAGAUGCAAAUCCGGCUGGUGCAUUAGAAGAAAUUUUGGAAUCGCCCGAAAGGCUGAAAGAUUUGGAUUUGGAUGCGUUUGCUGUGGAAUUAGAGCGGCAGGGCUUCGGAAACAAGAGCAUCACAUUGUACGACAUACGUGCUGAGCUGAACUCGCGUUACAAGGAUCUUCGUGCACCAUUUAGACCGUUGACCCCCGAAGAACUGUUCGAUGUACUGACAAAAGAGACGCCGGAGACAUUUUACGUUGGCAAAAUGAUCUUAGCCACAGUAGGUGGCUUUAGUCAUCGUAAACCGCAAGGUGAACAACUGGAUUCGGCAAAUCCCGUACGGAAUGAGGAGACGAAUUUGUGGCAAUGUCCGUUCUGUUUGAGCAACGAAUUUCCCGAACUAUCCGACGUGUGGACCCAUUUCGAUGCUAAAGCUUGUCCUGGACAAGCAACCGGUGUUAGACUUCGGCUCGACAAUGGUGUCAGUGGAUUCAUUCACAUAAAGAACUUGUCGGAUAAGCAUGUGAAAAAUCCAGAGGAACGCGUUCAAGUGGGACAGAUGAUCCAUGUCCGAAUUACGAAAAUCGAUGUGGAACGUUUCCAGGCUGAUUGCUCGUCGAAGACUUCCGAUUUGAACGACCGUAAUCAUGAAUGGCGGCCACAGAAGGACAGCUACUACGAUCAGGACUUGGAAGAUAUGGAAAUGAAGAAGGAGGACGAUUCGAAGAAGAAGCAGUCCAGACAGCAGUACACAAAACGAAUCAUCGUUCAUCCCAGUUUCUUCAACAUAUCGUACGGUGAGGCGUUGAAGAUCAUUGACAAAGUCGAAACAAUAGUACGGCCGUCAAGCAAAGGCUCCGAUCAUCUGACAGUCACAUGGAAAAUAGCUGAGGGCAUUCAUCAACACAUCGAUGUUCGCGAAAAGGGCAAGGAGAACGCUUUCAGUCUGGGCCAGAGUUUGUGGAUUGGCAAUGAAGAGUUCGAAGACAUCGAUGAAAUUAUCACACGACACAUUAAUCCAAUGCAGGCAUUCGCACGCGAUCUAUUGGCUUACAAAUAUUACCGAGACUCAGCCGGUGGUAUGCGAGACAAAAUGGAAGAAUUGCUCAAGGAAGAGAAGAAGAAAAAUGCGAACAAAAUCCACUACUUCCUGUCAGCAUCGAAAAGCUAUCCGGGCAAAUUUCUCCUGUCAUAUUUACCUCGAGGUAAGAUUCGUCACGAAUAUGUAACCGUAACGCCGGAGGGAUAUCGUUUUCGACAGCAAAUAUUCGAGUCGGUUAAUUCGCUACUAAAAUGGUUCAAAGAACACUUUAAGGAUCCAUUGCCGGGGGGCACACCAAUGAAUACACCGAAGGGAUCGUCAACAGUUAGCUCUAGAAAUUCCUAUGCCACACCGGCAUUGAGCAAUAGUAGUCUCGGUGCGGAUGCUAUUCACAAAGUAGCUCAAAAUAUGCCAGCGCACAUGAUGCAAUCGUUGUCACAAGCAACCAGUCAUACUCCACAUUAUCCACACACUCCCGGUUACGGCCAAAAUAUCAACACUCCUUAUACGCCCAGUGGACAAACUCCAUUUAUGACGCCAUACCACACUCCCCAUCACUCGCCACACAUGACACCGAUGCAUGCGACACCGUACAGUACACCACAUCAUACGCCGCAUCAGACUCACACGCCAAGAUACGGACAGGCAACACCAUCCAAAAACAGUCCAUUCUUACAGCCUGGACCACCGAUGGGCUCUCGAUCGCACGGAUCACAACAACAAUCGCAACCGUCACCGUAUUACCGUGCAUCGCCGCGAAUGAUGAAUAACAGUCCGCAUGACAUGAGAUUCAAGCACGACAACGGCUCCUAUCAAAACAACACUCGCUACAACGAUAGACAGGAUAAUCGUGGCGACUUUCGCGGUCGAGGUCGUGGUGGUCGUGGAGGUGUUGGUGGUCGCGGCGGCGGAGGAGGUGGUCGUCGUGGAGACGAUCGUAAUGCACGUCAUGAUGACAUGUUUGAUUCACCGCGUGGUUCGUAUCAGAGCAAACCUAAACCGGUCGCUGAUGAUGAAGAAGAGGAUUGGGAUUCACCUCCGCAACAACAGACACCGGCCAAGUCAUCGUCAUACAAAGCGCCCCAUAUACAGCCAUCUCAACCGUCUCGGUCACAACCAUCUCGACCACAACCGACACGAUCACAACCCGUUGCUGUAGCGGACGACGAAGAGGAUUGGGAUGCAGACGAGGACACUUGGCAGCAGCCACAGCAAGCGAAACGAGCGGGCAACGUCAGUGGUACACCACCGGAUACUCCGCUCUAUGACGAGAAUUGAUCAUUUUCGUUGUUUAAAUCUAAAAAAAAGUUUUCGUUUUUUCUCUUUCUUUAAUUUGAAAAAAGGCAAAAUGAAGUCAAUUUCAACAUAGUUUUGAACGCUUUUCGCAAAUCAAGAAACGGUUCCCAACCGAAAGUUGUUGGUUUUCGCUCUUUUCUUUCUCUUUUUUUAUUAUUUUUACGAUGUUAUUUUACAUGAUGGCAAAAAUUAUGUGUCAGAUACGUCAGAGAUAAAUAAGUCUUGGAAUAGGAAAAUAAAUUGAAAAGAAAAAUAUUGAUGAAA